GGCCUCGCGGCGAAACAAGGAGGCAGCGAAGUGGAGAACGGGUGACAAAUCGAGGAGCGGUUGCUGUAGCAGUAAUAAUCGGUGAGGUGUGGCGUACCAGAUGUCAAGUUUUAAUGAUUUUAUGUAGUUGUUUUUUUUAAAAGACGAAUGGAUUAAUGAAGAAGAAUUUUAGUGAAGGAAGGGGAGGAAAAAAUGGAACAAUUGGAACAAACUGAGAUCUUCCCCCGCACCGCUCGGGCCAUGGGUGAGACAGACCUAUUCAGCACCGUUUUCACCAUCAGUUGUCUUCUGGGGCUGUAAAAGUGCUCCCUGAAAGCUCCCCUCCAGAUCUCUCCGUUAACCUGGCCUGCGCUGCUUGGAAAUGGUUGCCGCAGAAAAGAUUUAAUGAAAUUCCUGUCGAUUCCCAACCGCCGAGUGGAUAGUAAGCCGGUGGAAAGGCCUGGGGGGGUCAGGAGAAAGGAACAAGUAGGAAGAGGACGAAAACACACAAUCCGCUGGACCUUCCCCUCCCGCCCCCCUUGCAAAGAAAGGAUUUACAGCUCAACCUUGCACCAGCUGUUCCUCGGCUUUAACAGUCAAGAGAGAAAUAAAUAAAAUUAAACGGCCACCGCCAGCCAGCCAGUCCCGGAUCCUGGUGAAAUCGGGGAGAGUGUUUCUGUGACCCCCUCCAGCGAGGGGGAGGAGGAGGAGGAGGCGGCGGCGGCAGAGCAGUGCUGUGAGGAAGCUGGGCGGAUUGCUUGCGAGACAACCCCCUCCUCCCGUGCAGCAACCGGAGGGGGCUGCAGCGUAUCAGAGGGCAGAUUAAAAAGGAGAAGUGGCUUCCUUGAGACUCCCGGCGUGGCUUUUUUGCAAGAAGUUUACCGAUAUCUUGCUCUUUCCCAGGGUGCUCGCUGGGUGGGAAGGUGCGCCCGGCUCCUCACCUUGCCCGUCGCGCUCAUCCCCUUGCCCGAGCCUGGAAGGCUUCCCUUCCCCUUGGAGCCUGGUUGCCGGUGUCAGCCGUGUGGGGAACUGCUUUUUCCAGGCUGUUGCCCGACCGAGGGGAGCCUGUAAGGGCUCUCGGCAUUCCUGCCCCAACGGCUGUUUUAAAUCCAAAUCCAGUUCUCUUGUUCUGAAUUUUUAAUGUUUGUAAACCUCCUUCCCUGCGCCCGCGAACUCGUGCGGGGCAGAGCGUAGCGUGGACUCCUCUCCUGGGCCUCGCGCUCCAGAGGCCGCCGUGGACUUCUCCGGACUGUCCGCUCCGGUCAGAGCUCGCGCGGAGGCUGGGUAGUGGUUUGCCCCCGUCCCCCUCCCCUCCCCUUCUCGUCUUGCUCUGACUCCCGGUGGGCCUGGGCUAUGCUGCGGGGCGGAUCCCCCACCACAGCUCCAACAUGCCAGCAGCAUCUGGAAAGAGAUUCAAACCCAGCAAAUACGUCCCGGUCUCGGCUGCUGCCAUCUUCCUAGUGGGAGCCACCACCCUCUUCUUUGCCUUCACGUGCCCGGGGCUCAGCCUGUACAUCUCCCCAGUCAUUCCAAUCUACAAUGCCGUCGUCUUCCUCUUUGUGCUGGCCAACUUCAGCAUGGCCACCUUCAUGGACCCAGGCAUAUUCCCGCGAGCUGAGGAGGACGAGGACAAGGAGGAUGACUUCCGAGCUCCGCUCUACAAGACAGUGGAGAUCAAGGGCAUUCAGGUCCGCAUGAAAUGGUGUGCGACCUGCCGCUUCUACCGGCCGCCGCGCUGCUCCCACUGCAGCGUCUGCGACAACUGUGUGGAGGAGUUUGACCAUCACUGCCCCUGGGUCAACAACUGCAUCGGGCGGCGCAACUACCGUUACUUCUUCCUCUUCUUGCUCUCGCUCACCACGCACAUCAUGGGGGUGUUUGGCUUCGGCCUGCUCUACGUCCUCUACCAGGUGGAGGAGCUCUCCGGCGUCCGCAUGGCGGUCACUAUGGUGGUGAUGUGCGUGGCCGGCUUAUUCUUCAUUCCCGUCGCUGGCCUUACGGGGUUCCACGUGGUGCUCGUGGCGAGGGGCCGUACUACCAACGAACAGGUAACGGGCAAGUUCCGCGGUGGUGUCAAUCCCUUCACCAACGGUUGCUGUAAGAACGUCAGCCGGGUCCUCUGCAGCUCCCCGGCCCCCAGGUACCUCGGGCGCCCGAAGGCCGAGCAGACGGUGCUGGUGAGACCCCCCUUCUUGCGGCCCGAGGUGUCAGACGGUCAGAUCACUGUCAAGAUCAUGGACAACGGUAUCCAGACAGAGCUGAAGAGGACAAAGCAUCCUUUGGAGGUCCCCCUUCCUCAGCACUUCCCAGCACCUGAGGCACAUGCCGCCUUCAAGCGCUCAUCCAAAGGAAGCCUGGAGGUGACGGAGAGCCAGUCUGCUGACGCUGAACCGCCCCCCCCACCUAAGCCAGACCUCAGCCGCUACACGGGCCUGAGGACACACUUAACCCUGGCCACCAACGAGGACAGCAGCUUGCUAGGCAAGGACAGCCCCCCAACUCCCACCAUGUACAAGUACCGGCCCGGCUACAGCAGCAGCAGCAGCUCGGCAGCCUUGCCCCACUCCACCAGCGCCAAGCUGAGCCGAGUGAACAGCCUGAAGGAGCCCAACUCCAUCUGCGAGAGCAGCCGCAAGCCCAGCUACCGCUCGGAGCCGAGCCUGGAGCCCGAGAGCUUCCGCUCGCCCACCUUCGGCAAGAGCUUUCACUUCGACCCGCUCUCCAGCGGCUCCCGCUCCUCCCGCCUCAAGUCGGCCCAGGGCACGGGCUUUGAGAUGGGCCACCUCCAGUCCAUCCGCUCGGAGGGCACCACCUCCACCUCCUACAAGAGCCUGGUGAACCAGACGCGCAACGGCAGCCUGUCGUACGACAGCCUGCUCACGCCGUCUGACAGCCCCGACUUCGAGUCGGGG